GGCUUUCCCAAUGCAAACUCUUUUCACAUUAUGAGCUUAUAUUAUAUACCACAUGCUACUCAUUGAUAAAAAGGCUAUAUAUAAAUUUUGAUGACACACACAAAGAGCAAAGAAUCCCACUAGUCAAAUUUCAACAAGUUGAAAGUUUGAAAUAUCACUAGGGUAUCAGUAUCUUCCUUGUAUUUACAAGUUUCUCUUUUCUUUGGAUAACUUCACCAUCGUUUUUUUAGUUACUUCAUAAACACAAGUCAUUGGGGUCUCCUACUUUAUCAAAAGGUCAAGUAUAGGAUGUUGUUGAUGAAUAGAAAUGGUGUGUGAAGAAUUUAGUUUGAGUGAUGUCAUAAAUCUUCAUGGCAAAGAGGAAAAGCUGGUUUGGAUGGGUGAAAAGUCUAUUCAUUUCUCAGUCAAAGGACAAAAAGCAAAAGAAAUGGGUAUGGAGAAUUGGAAGGAUAAAACAGAAGCAAUACCCAACAAUUACAGCAGCUUCAAACAGAACAUUGAUUGAAGCAAGUGCAGAACAGAGAAAGCAUGCUUUGGUUGUGGCUAUUGCAACAACAGCUGCUGCAGAGGCUGCAAUUGCUGCUGCACAUGCUGCUGCUGAGGUUGUCAAGCUUACAGGUGCAUCUCGUUCUUAUUCAUUUCUCUCCAAGGGAGACAGAAGUUUGGCUGCUAUCAAGAUUCAAAGCGCAUACCGUGCACAUCUUGCUAGGAAAGCACUGAGAGCAUUGAAGGGAGUUAUAAGAUUGCAGGCCAUAAUCCGCGGUGAAGCUGUUAGGCGUCAAGUGUCGAAAACUUUGAACAAUGUUCCCUCAAAUGCAAAAAGUCAGGAAGAAAUUCAAGAAAGAAGCAGUCAUAAUGAGGAAGAUUACAAAAAUGACCAGAUAAAACAGUUUCAAAAGCAAAAGAAAAAGACAGAAGAGAAGGAACUUAAGCCGGAAUGCCAUAGUCAAAGAAGUUGGAAUUGUAGCUCACACUCAAGAGAAGACAUUGAAGCCAUUUGGUUAAGAAAGCAAGAUGCUAUUGUCAAAAGAGACCGCAUGAGGCAAUACUCUUCUUCACAAAAGGAGAGAAAAUUUUCCCAAAUGAUGGAAGAAUAUGUGCACAACAAGGAACUUGGAGGAGAUAGCUGUCGUACUCUAGGAGAGUGGCUACAUAAAGAAACAUGUGAUUGGGAUCAUCCUUCAAAUAUCACCAUAAGAAAUGAAGUGCAAGAAGGAUUAGGUUCACAAAUUUCAGUCCAAAGAAAAUCAUUUUCUCAUGUAAAAAGAAGUUCAGUUGGGGAUGAGAGUUCCUUGCAAAAUUCUCCUGUUUUUCCUAAAUACAUGGCUGUGACUGAAUCUAGCAAAGCAAAGGUAAGGUCUUUGAGCACACCAAGGCUAAGAGCAUGAUUUUUGAAUAUGUGCUCCAAUCGGAUUAAGCCUCACAAAGAAGGGUAUAUAUAGGAAUAAUUUAUCAAGUUCAUUUUAUUUUGGUCCUUCACAUGUUGAAAAUCUUCACAUGCAUAUAUAAAGAGUUUUCUCUGACCAUUUAUGAUAUUAGUUUUAAUGGAUAUUUUCUUCUUGGUUUUGGAGAGGAGAAUAUAUCUUUUUUCUAAAGAGUUUAAUUAGCGGCGAAACUCACACAUAGUUGAGUAGAGAAAGAGGAGUAUCUCGGAAACGAACUCGUGUCCCAAUAUAUCAAAUGUCUCUGCAGCUACCGUGAUGUGUGCUUAUGCAACAGAAAGGAGAAUAUAUCUACUAGGUACAUAAUACAUGUCUAAAAUGUGUAUACAUCUUAUUUUUAUUCUAUAUAUCCUCGUUGUAAUUUUUAUUCUAUCUAUCCCCAUUGUAUUCUUCAUUUGUUUAUGAGAUUGUUGCCAUGGAAGAUUUCCAGCUGAUAAUCUGCUAAAACAAUUAUGGGUUGUAUUUUUCUUUAUUAAUAAAGUUUUGGUGUGAUUGAUGAGUUUGUGGUUGUGAUACCAACUCCUUAUAAUCAA